CGUGUCUCAAGGCAGAUUAAUUACUAAAGUAAUUAAAGUAAUCCACUAAAUCAGACAAGCGUUGAUGUGGGAACAGGCGUCGCAUCAUUGACGUACUUCUCGAGGCAGAAGAUCCCCAGGCUCUGUGUGGAGACAAGAGAGUCGGGGCAGGAGGAGAGACGGCUGACAUUGUUCGUUGACCCAAGACAUGAGGACACGUGGGCUGGCGGUGGGGAGGUCGUGGAUGCUGCCCCUGCUGCUCCUGCUGCUGCCCUUGUUGAUGUGCGUGGCGGCACGGGGCGGCUGGAUGGCCGAGCGGGUGAAGGAACUGCGGGCAGGCGUGCAGCUGCUGGAUGGUUACCUGGACUCGGCAAUGGAGUACCUGGGAGGGGAAGACGGAGUGUGUAGAUACACGUGCGCCAAUGGAGCCGAACCCGAGCCACGACGCGACUACACCCCGGCCGCGCCAAAUGGAUGCGGCUCCCCGGUGUUCGGCAUUCAGUUUGACGUGGGCGUCCCGGCUAUGACGCGCUGCUGCAACGACCACGACCGCUGCUACGACGUGUGCGGCGCCGAGAAGCGCGCCUGCGACACCGCCUUCCGCCGCUGCCUCUCCCGCAUCUGCUCGCUCGUGGGCGCCAGCUUCACUAUCUCGCCCGAGACCCUGGGUCGUUGUGAGGAGGCCGUGGAUCUGCUGCACCAGGGGGUGAUGGCGUUUGGCUGCCGCCCCUACAUGGAGAGCCAGCGCGCGGCCUGCACCUGCCCUCCCAGGCCACAUGGCAACACCAGGGACCUGUGAGCGACGACGCCCUGUGAUAGCGGCGGAAGUUACGGAACCAACCAAGACCCCUGCAACGCCUCACGACGCCUCGCGACAUCGUCACCCAGCCUGGGCAAACCAGCAACACAGAGUGGCAACCCUGCGGCACUCCAUAGCACCAGAGGCACUCUGCACCACCCACACACUACCUGCACCAUGCACCCCCCACCCCAUCCCCCUGGAUCUCCCACGGUGAGCCAGCCACAGCCUUUGGUCGUGUGUGAUUUGGUAAAUGAUGUAGAUGCCCAGCCGUGUUAACGCGUGCCCGCGUGUCCGUGUGUGUGUACGUGUGUGUGUGUACGUGUGUGUGUGUACGCGUGUCCGUGUGUGUGUGUACGUGUGUGUGUACGUGUGUGUACGUGUGUGUGUACGCGUGUGUGUGUACGCGUGUCCGUGUGUACGCGUGUCCGUGUGUACGCGUGUCCGUGUGUGUGUGUACGUGUGUGUGUGUACGCGUGUGUGUGUGUACGUGCUCGCUGUGCGCGGCGGUGGUGUAGCGAUUGGCUCGCCGCGUUACGAACCCGGCGACCCGAGUUCGAUUCUCGCUCACGGCCAAUGCCAGUGACGAGUAUCUGAACCGGUCCUAGGCCUUCCCCAGGUCGAUUCGGCCUCAAAUGAGUACCUGGUGCGGUGUGUAAACAUUGCCACUGGGGAGACAAAGGCGGUCGGGCGCGGUGAUGGCCUCGCCAGUGACUCGUACAGCGGUCUGGCCUUAGGCACUCGCUAGCAGCACUUGCCCCACCAUCCUGCACAGGCUAUACGCGCACAGGGGUGGACAACCUUUAUUCUGCCAAGGGCCAUUUGGAUAUUUAUAACAUCAUUCGCGGGCCAUACAAAAUUUAAUUUAUGUUGCUAUGAAAAAAGCUCCUAGAUUUAUUGAAUUUCGAGUUGUGCGGUUGCCUUGGCAGGGCCUGAAUAAAUGAUUUUGCGGGCCUUAUACGGCCCGCAGGCCAGACGUUCCCCACUCCUGCAGUAUACAUGGGAUAUUUGUCUUGACUACGUGUCUGCGUGUGUUUACAUAAUUUGCAAAUAUAUUUAGAAAUCAACUAAAUAUAUAUUUAAUGUCGUGAGAGCCAAUGUCUCUCACGACGUUGGCUGCACCACCGCUCGGAAUCACACGAGUCGUGGUUCGCUACGGCGAGCCGCUUGUAGUAAGCUAAGAGUGAUUAUGUUCGUGCAAUAUUUUGACUUCCUCGUAGUUCGUCAGUAACACUGCCUCGAAAGGAAAAACGGGUGACGUUUUGGGCAAUGUCCCUUUUGAAAGCGUUGAAAGCGUGUAAUAAUAAUAAUAAAACGGUUGUUUUCUGCGAA